AUGUCGUGUCCGCGGAGACGGUUGAUCCGACACCAGAUCAAUGUCAAGAGUCCUACUGAUUCCUUCUCCCAGCGGGCGCAGACGACAGACGUGGACACAAACGAGAAGGCACGCAUCGUGGAAGGUGUCGACUCUGCCGAGAUGGUGGACGUGCAGCUGCGGCGACUGUCGCGAGAGGAGUUCGAUCAACGCCGGGCCAACGCAGUCAACUACUUCAAGGAGUCCACGGCCAUCAAUCAACUCAGUCGCUUCUCCGAGGCUUCUGCGGCCCUCGAAGCUGCCCGCAGACGUCGCGCUAACGACCGAGCAGUAAAGCCAGUGGCGGUUCCAGAAGUUUUGGAGGAGCCUGUCCCGGAAGCACCGACUGUUGCACCUGCGCCCCGCCGCCGGAGCUUUGCAGAGCAAUUUGGAUAUGGCGUGAUUCUGAAGACCACGCCGACCGAAAGACAAGCACAAGUCUUGCCCGAGCCACCCAAGCCCAAGAUGAACGGUGCCUUCAUUAGCCUGAUGGCAGGGGACACCGAUUUGCUUCGGCGCCUUGAGCGACGACGCCGCGCGGCGUCACUGGCUUCCUUUGGCUGCUGUCAUGCUCAAGCGGCGAAGAAAGAAAGCUUUGGGCUCUGGGCCAGCUUGUCAUCCAUGGCAUCUGACUCCUGGGACUGGGAAGAAAAGAUGCGUGAGCUCGAAGUGAGACUUCGGGAUGAGUUUCGAAUCGAAACCGCGAAGGUUCUGGCGAAGGUAGAGCGCCUGGAAUCGGAGCUGCGCCUCUCAAAAGAGACGCUCCUGCACAUCUCCGAGCCCGCGUCCUGGAGCCCUGACAGCGCAAAUGGAGAGCUAGAAGUUGAAGUUGAAGACCCCUCAAAGCAAUGGGCACAAAAGGUGCAGCCACAGGUUCCCAAGCCUCAAACACUACAGGAAUCGAAACCCAAAGAAGAGAUGAAAGAGACUGGGCCGAGUGGGUCGCCGACGGAUGAAGCUCAAGAGCCGAUCCCUUUCACAGAGUCGACUUGGAAUCUGCUUCUCGUUCUGGGCUUCACAAAGGCUGGCUGGAUCGACAUUGUGAUUGGCUGUGGUGUCUUCGUCGGAAGUCUUCUGCUGCAGGGAGGUUUGUGCUACGUGCUUCUAACCGGCGACUUCCUGGGAAAGCCACUGACUCGCGAGAUCGAAGUGGCGAAAAGGUGGAGAGCUGGGACUGCACAUGAUUUCAAGCAUCUGGACAUCGCAGAAACAAGCCUUGUGUCGCGCGUGUGCAACGGAGAUGGAUCUCUGAUCAUGUCCACGCAGCAGGCAGCCUUCAUCUCACAGCUGAACACUUACCUCGGCAUGCAAGCAAGUGAUUUGGCUCCGGAAGGCAUUUGUCCCGGGAGUGUUCUUUGCGUGCUUUGUAUCUCUUGGUGGUGCCUCUACCUGGGCAGAGAGUACCGGCAAAUCUUCUCAUCAAUGGAAGGCUUGUGGAAUGUGCCUCGGGGGUCCUCCACCAUUCUGGAGAUGGGAGCCUUUCGGUCCGUGUCAUUUCCGCGGUUCUUCCUUUUCUGCACAGCGCGGCUCUCGAAGGCUGUCAUCUCCAGCCUUUUGCUUGCCGCGGGCAUCCAAUGGCUGGUGAACACCAUAGCCAUCAGGAGCAUAGUUCUCCGAGCUGUCGCCUUGAAAAGCCUUUUUGAGCUCGACAGCGUGUUCUACGCGGCCUUCAUGCCGAAGCAGCUCCAGGUGUGUAUGAAGAAACUAAAGCCCUUGCAGUUUCGCAAUUCUUCAUGCCGGAGCCAGAUUGAAUCCCUUCUUCUCCUGUUCUUCUUCGUAGUCGUGAUUUUCGGAAGCUGGCAUCAGUUGGUUGACCCAAUCGGUGUCACCAUGGAAGGUAUCAAGACCGAGUACUGCGGUGGAAACCAGAACUUUGUGGUCGCCGUAAAUGAUGAUCACGGUUUGGCAGUCGGCCGGUCGACUAUGCCCUUUGAUCCCGCUCGAGCCGAAGACGAGAUUGAGAGUGCCGUCUACGAUUAUGCAUUCAAGUCAAACGAGAGCAACCUUAUCUUGUUCCACACCUCGUCACGGAGCUUUGAGAAGACGCGAGUGGAGACCAUGGCGACGGCCACCACUUCCACCCUGCAGUGCGCCAACUUCGACCUGUGGUUCCUUCGCGGGGAAGACCAGCCGAUCCCCGACACCUACGGACCCUACUUUUGGUCUGCGGCUUUGUCCGUUGGCAUGCCUCCAAACAGCACAUGUGAGGACAUGAUCAGCCAUUGUGCCGAUGUCGACGCACAGCUCCUGCGCAUGGUGUGCGGCGUGACCUGCGGUUGCGUUGAACCACAGGCCAAUCCGCUGUACAAGGUUCGCGCACAAGGAUGCUUGAAGAGUUGUCUGGGUGAGCUGCCGAUCUGGGUGGUCGAUGAAGCCUGCGAGGACGUAAGCGCGGACUUUGAAUCUUGGCAGUCUUUCUGGGACAUGUACCCCACGGCCAUGCAAGCGUAUUUUGGUGCCACGCCGGAGCAAGUAUUUAAUCUCCAAGAGGUGGCCCGCGACAUGAAAGGAGCAGGGUGCCCCUAUUUGGCUGAGAUGACCCAUGAGGUCAUCACGGACACGCGAUACUGUGAUGGACAUCCUGAGCUGUUCUCCCCCUUGAGCCUUCUUUGCCCUAAGACUUGCUGCACUAGCAGCAGCAUGUUCUGCCCUUUGAGCUGCGGCGCUUAA